AUGGCUUCAUUUCUGAGGCCUGCCCGCGCGGCCCACGCCCCCGAGACACUGAACUGCCUGUUCAAGCAGACCACAGGCCACACAAGCCCCCGCAGAAUCGAACGCUUCGCAACACAAACCCGGCCGCGAUGCGCACGACCAGCACAACACUACCCAGUCACUGGUAGAAUACCAUUCGCCUCGUCCUUUCACACCAGCCGUCGCCUGCGGAAUGACGGGUCCGGCGGAUCGUCGCGGACCGACCUGGGCGCCCUCGACGUCCUGGCCAACACGCCCGUGCCCUCGAACUCGAUCGACAUCUGCAUGGCCUCGGGGUUCCAGCUGAACAACGGGGCGCGCAUCACAGACGGAUCGGGCGUGUUCCUCGUGAGCGGCGAGGCGUUCCGCUGGCGGCCAUGGGAAGCCGCCGCGUCGGCCUCCUCGGCGACCGCGUCCCCGUACCGACUCCUCAACAAGAAGGGCCAGUACGACAUCCCGGCGGCGGCGCUCAACGUCCUGGCGCACCUGUGGCCGCUGCCGGACCUGCUCGUGCUGGGCGUGGGACCCGAGAACCGGCCCAUCAGCCCCGAGCUGCGGAGGGCGAUCGGCGCCCUGGGCAUCCGGGUCGAGGUGCUGGACACGCGGAACGCGGCCGCGCAGUUCAACCUGCUGGUGCGGGAGCGCGGCGUCGAGGACGUCGCGGCCGCGCUGGUCCCCAUCGGGUGGGUUGAGGGCCAAGGGGCCGGAGAGGGCGACGAGGGCAGCGUCACGCACGAGUAG